AUGGCGCUUCAUAAACAUUCAGCUAAAUGUCAAAGCGUCGUCAGCGAGGCUGAUGUCGCCUCGAUCGUUGCCUCGUUCUUUGCGAGCGCUGAAAAAAAAAUCAUCAAAAAUAGAAUUCGAAUUCCCGCGCUUAAUUGCACUCCCGCCAAUGAGAGAGACGUCUGUGGGAGUGAGAGGUCGGAGUGUUCUAGAGAGGACUCACGCCGCCCCGUUAAAAACAUGGCGUAUAUGUUGAUUGGCGGGCUCGGUAACCUCCCAGAAUGA